GUUCCGUUGUUUGAGCUGCUUGGGGAAAAAUACACGAGAAAACAGGAGAGAGAGAGAGAAAAAGAGGUGGAGGUAGAGUGAAUUGGAGAUUAGACAAGAAGUGGUGCUGAAAAUUGUCCGUAUUAAACGGGAGCCCCCUGAUGUAGAGUUUGACCACAUGGAACCAGGGAAGGAAGAAUCAGAGGACUUCAAACCAAACAUCUCUGAGCUGGAGCCUGUACGCCUGCGGGAGUGUAGCGUGGUGCUGGAGAGAAUCUGUGUGAGAGAGCAAGGCGCUGGAGAGGAAGGCUUUCCCAACAGCUUGCAAGGAGUUGGAACGGAAGACAGGCGCUCACAUUCAGAAUGCAAUCUAACAGGUUCCAGUCCAGCAGCUGAAGUGAGGGCGGGCGGUGGAGAAUAUCCUGACUGUGGGAAAGGUUUUACCCAGUUAGGGCAUUUAAAGAAAAAACAGAGAAUUCACACAGGAGAGAAACCAUAUCGCUGCUCUGAAUGUGGGAAGAGUUUUAAACUGUCAGGAACCCUGAAAACACACCAGCGAACUCACACAGGAGAUAAACCGUAUCGUUGCUCUGACUGUGGGAAGAGUUGCAGUCAGUCAGAACACCUUGUUUCACACCAGCGAACUCACACAGGAGAGAAACCAUAUCAUUGCUCUGACUGUGGGAAGAGUUUCAAUCACUCAGAAACCCUGAAAACACACCAGCGAACUCACACAGGAGAGAAACCGUAUCACUGCUCUGACUGUGGAAUGAGUUUCAGUCAGUCUGGACACCUUGUUUCACACCAGCGAACUCACACAGGAGAGAAACCAUAUCAUUGCUCUGACUGUGGGAAGAGUUUCAAUCACUCAGGAAACCUGAAAAAACACCAGCGAACUCACACAGGAGAAAAACCAUAUCAUUGCUCUGACUGUGGGAAGAGUUUCAAUCACUCAGGAACCCUGAAAACACACCAGCUAACUCACACAGGAGAGAAACAGUAUCUCUGCUCUGACUGUGGGAAGAGUUUCAAUCACUCAGGAAACCUGGAAAAACACCAGCGAACUCACACAGGAGAGAAACCGUAUCACUGCUCUGACUGUGGGAAGAGUUUCAAUCACUCUGGAAACCUGGGAAAACACCAGCGAACUCACACAGGAGAAAAACCGUAUCACUGCUCUGACUGUGGGAAGAGUUUCAGUCACUCAGGAAACCUGAAAAAACAUCAGCGAACUUUACACAAACUGUAAAGACAAUGUUCAAUGCGACUUUUCACUCAUGAGGAAAAACCAUAAGCUUUGCAUUACGAGUCCCUGUGUAAUUACUGUUUUGUGUAUCACUCUUAAGAGCAUGCAUUUUAAAUGGUUAAAUUGCACUUCAACUCUCUUGCACUGUGAUUGUUAGAAAGUGGGCGGUGACGCGGACACGUCACAAGAGGCUUCUCUGCUGUCAGUUUAACCCGGGCUGUCAGUGCAGUCAGUGCCUGGGAGCGGGAAUAGGCAGAAAGGAAACUAUUCUGCAUCUCAUCUGAUGGACGAGUCAGGAGAAAUCAAUAACUCAGUGUGGGAAAUGAGUUUCAGGAUUUAACAUUUUAAACUUUAUUAACUUGAAAAUAAAUAAAUUGAUGGGAACGAGUAUCCUGACCCUGCUAUAUAGCAUCCCAGAGACAAAACUGCACCAUGCGUACUGGGCAACAGCCUAGAGCAGUGGUUUUCAAACUUUUUAGGCCCCGUACCCCUUUCCAAAAAAUCUAGUCUACUGUGU